AUGCUGAUGGGGCCUACAACUGCCCAAGAUCAAGUGAGAGCGGCUUCCUUGCUGAAAGGGACGAAGGACGAAUCGUCGUGCGACCUCCAGAACCAGCUUAGUGCGUUCUGUGAGUAUCAAAGCGCUAGAGAUUACACGGGUAUACGUAGGCGAGCAACGAACGGUACUGCUCCAUCGAAAUGUACAUGCAACCCAGUCUUUUUCAACAUAUGGAGCGCAUGUUCAUAUUCAAGCGGCAACAACACACUGCCUAUCUACAGCUCCUGGACAGCCCAAUGCCAAUCAAAUUCUGUUAGCGUUAGUGGGAGUGCUCAGUGGGUCUUGUCACCCUCGGGAGUUGGACCCGGGAUGGAUUUUCCGGGAUGGGCAAAACUGUCUGUACCAGGCAAUGGAACUUUUGACAUGAUGCGAGCGGUAUCUGUGGCCAUCGCACGUCCACGUACGCCCGCCAAAAUCAUCAUGAUCUCAGUGGUUGUGGGAGUGAUCAGCGGCCUCCUCAUCGUCGUUCUGUUCUUCGGCUGGCAGCGUCGGAAAACUGUAACGCGAAAAUCCACUUUCCAGAAACUGCGGUACCCAAUUUGGACGCGCAGGCUGCGGAGCGUUCAGCAGGAAGAACCAAAGAGUGAUUGGACUAUAGAUCGCGCUGAGGAGCCUCCACAACCACAAGAAGAGGAGUUUGUUUUCGUGCAUCCCCAGUCGCCCACGUCGCCCACGUCGCCCUUGUCUUUGCAUGACGAACCGUUGAGAUCGCGCUGGUCCGACUCGAUCCAUGCGCCUCCUUCUAUCAUGGAUAACCGACGACCGCUCCGGAGUGUUUGGAGCGAAAACAUUGCUAGGAGGGUCAAGGCUGUUCCUGGGCUUAUUUCUAAACCGUGGAAACCACGCCCGAUCCGCGUCACGGCUGUUCCUGCCCGUAGAGGCUUCCGUGUGGACACCAACGACAGGACAUUUGGGCUCGUGUCUCCGGGUUAUACGCCUACGAGUGCUCAUCCCAGCCGACUUCAUGAAACUAUUCAUGAGGAUGACGAGGAGCAGGGUCUUGAUGCUGAUGGCCAUCAACGCCAGCAAUCGAUUCAUGAUGUAGACGAUGAUGAGCGCAUGACGCUUAUUUCUGAUCAUGACAGGACUGACAAUGAUGUGUUUUUGAUUUCGAGGAAUGGCACGGAUUUCAACACGUUGGGAAGUACUCCCACAUACUCGAAUAUACUGGUUGUCAGUCCAAGUGAUUACGGACACGUACCACAGCAGAAUCAGCGCAGUAAAAAACCUCAGGUACCUCCCCCUUUACACUCACCCCCUGCAAAUACACGCACAGUAUAUACACCCCAUUCCAACGGAGCUGGACCAUCCUAUUCAUCAGCCUUGCGUCCCAUAGCACUCGAACGAUCACAAUCGAAUCUUCCGCGACCUCCUGCUAUAGCUCGUCAAACCUCAGCAGAACAACCACACCACCGAGCUCCUUCUCUGCACGACUCCAUAGACAUCGAUUUCGAAGCCGCAUCUAUAUCACGUCGGUCGUCAAACCAAAGUUUUCGCGCUCCAGCACUACAGCAUCAACGCUCGAUAUCCCAAUCCGGCUUGGUCGGCAUCGACGAAGUGUACCACGAUCCGUAUGCACCAACCAACCAUCGGAGGGGGCUCUCAGCGGACGACGCGGCUUCGUUUUACCUCACGCCAGAGAACGCGGCGUAUCCCCCACAUCAGCUAUCUGUUGAAAAUCUCAUUCCUCGCCGUACGGAUCCUGUGAUGCUUUUCCCUGGAUCUGUAAGAGGGGCGGGGUAUGGAACUACGCCUGAUGCGUAUCCAAAACCACUGCCUAGUCUCCAGCCUAACAGACGAGGAAAUAUUUCAUGA